GUUCCCCUUGCAUUCCUACCAUCUUCACGACAUCAUGCCCACCUACUUUGAGACAGUCAGCAAGUCGUACGCCGAUGUACCCAUCACCGACGAGGGCAUCGACACAGAUGGCUUUCUCCAGGCAACCGAGGGUGUCGUCAAGCUCUUUGACCUCCUCGGUAAUGCUGCCUUCGCCAUCGUACAGAAUGACAUGAACGGCAACGUCAAGAAAAUCCGCGAUCGUCUCCUCGCUUCACCCGCCCAAUCAACAACGCUCGAAGCGUUGGUACGCAAUGAGGGCAAGCCAGGAGACAAGAAGCGCCCAGCGACAGAAGGCCUCAUGUGGUUGCUGCGCGGUCUCGACUUCACUGCCCAAGCAUUGCGACGUUCCCUGACCAACCAGUCCGAGGAGCUCAGCGAGUCCUUCACCAAGGCGUACGAGGGAAGUCUCAAGCAGCAUCACAACUUCAUCGUCAAGGGAGCAUUCGGUCUGGCAAUGAAGGCGUGCCCGUACCGAAAGGACUUCUACGCUAAGCUGGGAGAGCCACAGGAGAUGGUUCAUGUGGAGCUUGAGAAGUGGUUGGCUGCCUUGGAGAAGAUCGUCAAGAGGAUGCAGGCCUAUUAUGCCGAGCACAAUCUGGCAAAGGGCUUCUAAGCCAUCGACGACUGGUUCGUCGUGCUACCUCCGUUACCCUUGAUCCCCUCUCGAUAUGGAGACUCAAUCCACAUGCGCGGACUUGCUUCAAUCUGAGUGUCAGCGUGCCAUUGCAGAACACUCACACCCGCUGCGAGGAGCCAAUCGAAAAGGGGUAUCGUUAUUCGCAAGAACAAGAAAGCCACGCAGCGAGAGAGAUGUCGUCGCCGCGGGCAAUGGCUGAAGAAGCAGCGGGAAUAGAUGACCGUGGACUUUGAACGAGAAGAGCGCUGCAUGAGAGUGGCGAUGCCUCGAGCCUGCGAGGACCAAGACCAGCGUGCCUGCUUAGGCGUGGUGUCGCACGACGGGCGCAUGGAUGCCCCUCGCAUGUCUCGAAGCCCCCGCAGCAUGACCGACCCUCAGUCUGAGGUUGUUGAUAGCCUCCUCAUCCAACUGGACUCCGCUCCCUGCCUCUCCAUCGCGCUCCAUGACCGUUUCCACCAGUCGG